UUUUUUAUACCUGAUUUAUCUGCAGGUGAGAAUGCCAAGUGAAGAGGGCAAACAUGGUGAUGGUGGAGACCAGAAGCCUGUGUCUCAGAAUAAUUCUAGUCUGUCAUCAACAGCACCUCCACCAACUUCAGCAACUGGCGGAACUGGCACAAAAUCACAAUCACAACCCAUGAAACCUAAUUAUACACUAAAAUUUACUCUUGCUGGUCACACCAAAGCAGUUUCUUCAGUCAAGUUCAGUCCGAAUGGAGAAUGGUUAGCUAGUUCGUCUGCUGAUAAAUUAGUCAAGAUUUGGGGAGCAUAUGAUGGGAAAUUUGAGAAGACUAUCAGUGGACAUAAACUGGGUAUUUCAGAUGUAGCCUGGUCUACAGACAGUCGACUACUUGUCAGUGCCUCUGAUGAUAAAACACUGAAAAUAUGGGAACUGACUUCAGGCAAAUGUAUGAAGACAUUAAAAGGACAUAGUAAUUAUGUAUUUUGUUGUAACUUUAACCCACAGUCAAACCUCAUUGUAUCUGGUUCAUUUGAUGAGAGUGUCCGAAUAUGGGAUGUAAAGACAGGAAAAUGUUUGAAGACUCUCCCUGCUCAUUCAGACCCAGUAACAGCUGUUCAUUUUAACAGAGAUGGUUCCCUCAUUGUAUCCAGUAGUUAUGAUGGACUGUGUCGUAUCUGGGACACAGCAUCAGGACAGUGUUUAAAGACAUUAAUUGAUGAUGACAACCCUCCAGUAUCAUUUGUGAAAUUUUCACCAAAUGGAAAAUAUAUUCUUGCUGCUACACUUGAUAAUACUCUCAAGUUGUGGGACUACAGCAAAGGAAAGUGUUUAAAGACAUACAUUGGUCAUAAAAACGAAAAAUACUGUAUUUUUGCUAACUUUUCGGUGACUGGAGGGAAGUGGAUUGUAUCUGGGUCAGAAGAUAAUAUGGUUUAUAUUUGGAAUCUACAGACAAAAGAAAUUGUUCAGAAGCUACAGGGUCAUUCAGAUGUUGUCCUCUGUUGUGCAUGUCACCCUACAGAAAAUAUCAUCAGUUCAGCUGCUUUAGAAAAUGAUAAAACCAUCAAGUUAUGGCGCAGUGAUGUCUAGCUUUGGAGAUCAAAUGGAAAUUUUUUGAAUUGUACAUAUUUCCUACAAUGCUUACAGGAAAAUCAAAUUGCCUAUCAGACCUCAGAGUUCACAGGAGAAAUUGACAGGGAAUUUCAUGAAUGCAUCUCAUUACUAAAAUCAACUACAGCAGAAUCAUUUCUGAAGAUAUAAAGUCCAUAACUUCAUUGGAACUUUGUUCUUGUCUCAAAUUGCCGUUGUUACCUUCUUUUCCAUUACCUUCACAUUUCUCAGACUUUGCAAUGGACAUAUCUAUAUCUAAGUUUGAUUCUAUCAUCAUCAUCAACCUGUACAAUUUUUAAACAAUUAGCUAACUACACUAUUUAAAUAAAUAAAUAAAAAUGCUGUUGUUUUAAA